AUGAGUAAAUCUUAUGAUUUUAAUUUAUGGUCACAUUAUUAUCGUGAUUAUCUUCUUUCAAAUAUAAUACCUUUUUGGCUUCGUUAUUCAAUUGAUACUGAAUAUGGUGGUUAUUUUACAUGUCUUGAUCGUUAUGGAAAAAUUUUUGAUACAGAUAAAUUUAUUUGGUUACAAGCACGACAAGUUUGGAUGUUUGCAAAAUUAUAUCAAGAUGAUGAUUUAUAUAUUUCUGAUGAUGAACGAAAACAAUGGUUAUUAACAGCACAACAUGGUAUACAAUUUCUUGAAAAAUAUGGUCGACAUCCAACAAGUGGACAAUGGUAUUUUUCUUUAACACAACAAGGUGAACCACUUAUUGAACCAUAUAAUAUAUUUUCAAGUAUUUUUGCUUCAAUGGCAUUUGGACAAAUGGCUAAAAUUGAUAAAAUUAAUUGUGAAAAAUAUAAAGAAAUUGCAUUAAAUACAUUUAAUGAUAUAGAAAAACGUCGUUUAAAUCCUAAAAGUGAAUGGAAUAAAGCAAGUCCUAUAUCACCAAGACAAUUAAAAAGUUUUGCUUUACCUAUGAUGAUGUGUAAUUUAGCUAUGGAAUUAGAACAUAUUAUUGAUAAACAACUUCUACAAACAUUAACACAAGAAUGUAUUAAAGAAAUAAUUGAACAAUUUCGUCAAAUUGAUUCUGGAUUAAUUUUAGAAUAUAUUAAUGAUAACGAUGGUUCAAGAAAUGAUUCAUUUGAAGGACGACUUCUUAAUCCUGGUCAUGGUAUUGAAGCAAUGUGGUUUUUACUUGAUAUUGCUGAACGACAAAAUAAUAAAGAAUUAGCUUCAAUAUGUAUUGAUACAUUAUUAAUAAUAUUAAAUUAUAGUUGGGAUGAUAAAUAUGGUGGAAUUUUUUAUUUUCUUGAUAUUGAACAACGACCACUACAACAACUUGAAUGGGAUCAAAAAUUAUGGUGGGUUCAUCUUGAAACAUUAAUUGCAUUAGUUAAAGCUAUUGAUCAUCGACCAGAUAAAAUAGAUGAAUUAGUUAAUUGGUUAAAUAAAGUACAAAAAUAUACUAUUGAUCAUUUUGUUGAUCCAGAAGGUGGAGAAUUAUAUGGAUAUUUAAAUCGACAAGGUGAAGUUUUAUUAAAUUUAAAAGGUGGAAAAUGGAAAGGAUGUUAUCAUGUACCUAGAGCAUUUUAUUUAUGUUGGAAAACAUUAGAUAAAAUUAGCAAGAAAAAAUAA